UCUUUGUCGUUCUCAAGAAUGAAAAAGAAGAUUAGUAGAAGUAAGACAAGAACAGCUUACUCGCAGCUUUUCUGUAUUCAAAUCGUGAUUGUCUGACAAGCUUUUCCGAUCCCGGUAAAGGCUUCACCAUUGUAUCUACUCUUCUUCUUCUUCUUCUUCUUCUUCUUCUUCUUCUUCUUCUUCUUCUUCUUCUUCUUCUUCUUCUUCUUCUUCUUCUUCUUCUUCUUCGUAAUAUGGUUUCCUUCGAUCUUGUGUGGCUAUUAUUUGGGGGCUUUAUCUCCAAGACCGUGUUAUCUCAUGGGACCAUUGAAUUUGUUUGAAUACUAGUUUUCGGUUCUUCAUCAAGAUCAAAAAUUGAUGGAUUUGAAAGAGUCGAGAUUGUAUGCUGGGUCUUACCUGAAGUGGGAUAUAUGUAUAUUUAGUUAGGGUUUGGCCAAUUAUACGUUUCCUGACAGUGGAUUUUGAUCUGCGCUUGUUAAUCAUCGCAGACUCCUUUUUAACGUGCUUAAUUUUACAAUUGUUCCUCUAAUCCUUGUGAAUUUAUCUAUUGUUUUUGUUCGAGUUCUACAGCUAUUUGCGUUCCUCAUGACCUGUGCUGUAACAGGUGUAUGUUUAACAUUUGUGCAAGACAUUGCCUUUGUUCUUGGGGGAGAUUGGGUUGGUCUGUUAAGAGUUGAACUGGGAUGUCAUAGCUUUGCCUUUGGUGUACACAAAUGGUUAGACGGAUGUUAAGAAAAUUGGGAUCGUCGAGUUGCUGAAUUUUGCAUUUCAGUUUUCUACUUGGAUUUAGAUGGACGUUUCUUCCAUUGGACGAAACAGAAGCCAAACUGAUCAAGAUCCUUUGUUAAUGGAAACCCACAAUAAUGGAGGCGAGCACAUCGUUGAUAUCACAAGCAAUGACGAGGACUCUUCUUCUAUCGAUGAGCUAACUCCCGACUUUAACUCACAUCAAGAUCAAAGUGAAGAGAGAAUAUCAUCUAGCAGUACACAACACCCGACGCAUCCAUCUCCUCCUCAGCAAAGAGCAAGUUUGGCUAGGAGAGGAGAUGAUGGGAAUGGUCGCCGUAAUACUAGUACGAGGAGUCCAUUGAAUUCUGGCCUUUGGAUUUCAGUUGAGUUAGUUGUCACUGUGGCUCAGAUCGUUGCAGCCAUAGUAGUUAUGGUCCUGGCUAAAGAUGAACAUCCAGAAGCGCCAUUGUUUACAUGGGUUGUUGGAUAUACCACUGGCUGUGUAGCCACUCUCCCUAUACUCUACUGGCGUUUUCGCACUUAUAAUAACCGAGGUACAGGGCAAGAUUCUUCACAACGUGGUAGCUCUUCUCAAGGCAAUAAUAAUCCCUCAGAUUCUGCACCAUAUACAGCUGUUGAAGGAAACAGCACCGACAGGACAGCAGCACCUAUGAACAAUCAAGUAGGGGAAAGCUUAAGAAUAAGAUUGAACGGGUUGGUGGACCAUUUCAAGAUGGCGAUUGACUGUUUCUUUGCAGUGUGGUUUGUUGUCGGGAAUGUAUGGAUAUUUGGAGGUCACUCAUCUCCUUCUGAUUCUCCUAAACUGUACAGGUUAUGUAUAGCGUUCCUUACUUUUAGUUGCAUCGGAUAUGCAAUGCCAUUCAUACUAUGCGCAACCAUCUGUUGUUGUUUGCCUUGCUUGAUCUCUGUUCUCGGGUUUCGGGAAAACUUCUCACAAACUAGAGGAGCCACUCCCGAGGCCAUCAACGCGCUGCCUGUCUACAAAUUCAGAACAAAAAGUAGAAAUGAUUUGGAAUUUUCAGAGGAAGAUGAAGGUGGAUUUCUUCUAUUGGGAUCCCACAAGAAACGUCUUAUAUCAGGCGAAGAUGCCAGCUGUUGCAUCUGCUUGGCUAGAUAUGGAGACGACGAAGAAGUUAGAGAGCUGCCAUGCUUACAUGUCUUUCAUGUCGACUGUGUAGACAAAUGGCUUAAAAUUAAUGCGACUUGCCCUCUCUGUAAAAGUGAGGUCGGAGAAAGCAGCACUGCUUCCUCAUAGACAAAUACUGAGACCUUUCAAAUCUCAAGUGGGAGAUUGUCCCAGCCGUUUCGAUCCAUAGAGUCUGUGUUGUGUAUACUUGUAUAGUUGAAAAUCUUAUUCAUUUUGUUUGUUCAAAGAGUUGUAACUUUCCAAAUCAAUAAAUCUCCAAAUAAUGGUGUUUUAGAUA